AUGAGUUCAGAAGAAAACAAAGAAACCAAAAGUUCGAGUGAUUCUGAUAGUGGUGUACUGGCCGAUGUAAAUGCACCCAUGGAAUCUCCGAGUUUUGCCAUUCCAAUGAAAAUAAACCGCCUCGAUAAGGAUAAAGACACUCUGUUACCCCCUUCGCCACCGAAAUUUGUGUCAAUGAAUCAACUUGCUGAAGCUGCCAAGGCAUUUUAUAACAUGACUUUGGUGCAUGAAAUAACUGUGGAUUCUCACUUCAGGUUGGAAAUGUAUGAACCACACGGAAACACUUUGGAAUAUCAAAUUAAGGAAACAAUGCAUAGAGCAUUUUGGGAUAUUUUACGAUCUAGUUUGGAAUCAGAUCCACCAGAUUAUCAACCGGCUUUACGAUUACUUGAGGAAAUUAAACAGUCUUUAACAGAAUUAGUUCUACCGAAUCAAACAAAAUUACAAAAACUUAUUGAAAAUCUAUUAGAUAUUGAUGUUGCUAAAUCACAACUUGAUGAAACUGGUCAUAUCAGCCUGGAAGUGUAUAAAAAUGAAGUGAUUAAUUUAAUGAAACAAUUUUGUGCACCUGUACGUGAUCAAGAAGUUGAAGAUUUACGCAAAAUUGAUGAUCCUGUUGAAUCUUUUAGGAACGUGUUCUUACUUUUGGAUAAAAUGCAUAUGGAUUUAGCUAAUUUCACCAUAGAGCAAAUGCGACCGUAUAUUAGACAACAAGCAGUUACAUAUGAACGUGAUAAAUUUGCUACAUUUAUAGAAGCUCAACAAAAACUUGGCAUUGAUGGUCUAAGGCAUACACGUGAUUGGAUUAAACAAGCCUAUGCUGACGUUAACAGUCUAUCACAACAAUCUAAUGAAUGCUCUAAUUCUAUUAAUUCAUCUGGAGUUAAACCAACAAAGGAUAAUUCUAUGGCAUCAUUAACACCAAAUAAUAUAUUACGUGAAGCUUAUCUUAAGCUGUUAACAUGGCCAAGGGAUCAAGAUUGGCCUGAGACUAUGCUUAUGGAUCAACAUCGUCUUGUGGAUUUAGGCAAUCAAUUAAUUAUAAUUGUUAAUUUAACAUCUUUAGUUCUGGUUGUUUGUAAUUAUAUGGCAUCAAAUGCAUCAUUGUUCACAACACCACCAGCAACAACUACCAGUGGUGCAUUGUCAUCAGCUGCUCCGCCAACAAAAACAAUAUUUUCCCAUCCGUUAUCCACUAGCCUACCUCAAGAUGCAAUAAUCCAGUUGAAAAAGUCAAUAUGUCAAGAUGUUGCACCGAUAUUACAUGGGAUUUCUUUAAAUUACAAACCUGAUCAGUUAGUUGAUGAUAUCAUAGAACAGGUUAUCAUGACAAUAGAAUUAUGGUAUAAUCGAUGUAUGCUGGAAUCUGGCGGCAGCAGCAGCAGCAGCAGCAGUGGCGCUAGUCAAUUACCAUCUACUAAUCUAUCGUGUGAAUCUUCACCGACAGUAGUAAAUGAUUAUCAUAAACCAGCAACUGGUGGUGGUGGUGUUGCUUAUAUUACUGAUUUUGGACGUACAGAAUUAACUGGACAAUUGUCAGCUGUUAUUAAAGGUGAACAUCCAGUUUAUAAACUAAUGCAACCGCUACCUCUACCGCCAGGAUUCAGUAUUCUCUUAGAUCUUGAUCAGAAUAAACUUAGUACAACAACAAGCAAUAAUGGUGCUGCUUACCUGCAUCAAACCCCGCUGAAUAUCCCGACAACAAUGAUGUCUGGUAGUGGUGGAGCUAAUGCUUCAGCUGCUGCUAGCACCAGUAGUAGUAGCAAUUUACGUUCACCUUCAUCACCACCUCCUUCCAGUCCACAUAAUCGUCUCCGUCAUGAAUCGGAAAGUGGUGGUGGUGUUGGUGGUUAUAAAGCGUCAAAAUUUGAAAUAUUGAGUUUAUCCGGUUUAGCGAGUCGUCUACUUCCUUUAUUGGCGCAUAAUCGACAUGUAUUCGGUUCAUAUUAUGCCGAGAUUAUUCAGCCUUUAAUUAUGCCAACAACGUCGUCGCCGUCGUCGUCUGCAGCACCAUCGAAUCCUAAUGUCGUCGAUAAAAAAUAA